UUUACCGUAUGCAGUUCUCAUUUGCAUCUUGUCUGGUCAGUGAUAUCUUAAUUGCCUCGCUUCAUUUGUUACUGACAUUACUGACAUUGUUUCAGCAGAAAAUUUGAUGUAUGCAGGACCAUCCGUGGUGAAUCUAUCGGGAAUCAGGAUGUUCAAUCUUCUGCCAAUCACUCCCACCAUUUUCCUCAUUCUGGUAUUCACGUUAACAUUUAACCACGGGAAGGCUUCCGGUCUUUCUAAAUCAUGUGAACAGGAUUGGAAUUUGAAAAUUGCUUAUUGCUCAAACCUCCAUCUCAGCUCAGUGCCCACCUAUCUUGUACCAGAUCUCAGAGAACUUUACUUCAGCGGAAACCUCCUUGGUAGGCUUAGAAACGAUACCUUUCUAAACUACCCCAGUCUCAGGGUACUCAAAUUAAGCAGUAAUAACUUAUCGGUGGUGGAUCAUGGCGCCUUCACACCUCUGAAGAACUUGGUGGAACUGGACAUUGGAUAUAAUACGUACCUAACUACACUGAAAAGAAGUAUGUUUGACUCUAACAGCUUUUCGACUUUGCUAGCCGGCUCUGUGAAUAUGGACUCAUUUGGAGGCGACCUCCUUGCAUGUUUUGCCCGAGAUGCCAUAGUGAAUCUUCAAGAAAAUAGCAUUCGCCAGAUAAAUUGGACAAGUUAUAAUGCUUUAUUCGACGUUAACCUGAAUCAAAACAAAUUUCGCCAGCUUUCUGAUGAGAAUUUUGUGGUAAACAGUAAAAUCAAUACAUUGCAUUUAUCGGGAAAUCCGGUGGAAUACAUUACUCCCAGUUUUGUUUCUUCACUAAAAGUAUCCGUUCUUUAUUUAAGAGAGACCCGUCUGGCAGUAUCAGAGUUUUCGAAUUUCUUUUCUGGAGUCAAAUUGUCACAUUAUAUUCAGGAGAUAGGAUUGUCAGAUUCCAGCCUUCAUUUAAUAGAUCCAGGUUUCUUCUCCCCUCUAAAGGGAAAAAGUCUCCGAACUCUUGACAUUUCUUUAAGUAAGAUUGGGAAUAUCCAGAACAAUUCAUUAACAGGUUUAGAUGGGUUGACACAGCUUCUCCUGGGCUUUAACUACCUGGGCAGUGUUGAACCAAGUUAUUUUAACGGAAUGGUAGCUCUAACCAAACUCUCCCUCGAAGAAAAUAAUAUCAAUGUCAUCAACAGUCAAAAUGAAAGUUGGGAUCUAUCACUAACUCAUCUGAAUAUAGCUCGUAACCAGUUUAGGGAGAUUAACAGCUCUGCAUUCCAAGGACUCCAUACUCUCCAGUUCCUUGAUUUAAGUGGAAAUAUCGAAUUGCGUGUCAUUGAUAAAAAUACCUUUGCCAAUGUCCCGUUCCUCAAAAUGUUAGAUCUGUCAGGUACAUCUAUAACUGAUCUGCAUGCAAUACACCAUCUUCCUUUCCUAACUAGCCUAAUUCUACAAUCGGCAUAUUGUCCCAGUCACCUGAUCCAGCCAGGUAAUCUUGGUAAUGAAACGCCUUCUCUGGCUGAACUAAAUUUAGUCGACGCUGAACUCUUUACAAGCAAGCUAUGGGAUCCCAACAGCAAGACUUCAUCUUUUCUUGGCCUGUACAGGCUAUCAAGGCUGGAGCUAUCAAAGAAUGCACUGUUUCCCCUGUCAGUAGGGCUCUUUAAAAAUCUAUCCAAUCUCAACAUUUUACGUUUAGAUGAUUGCAAGAUCCAUGAGCUGAAAAUUGGUGUUUUGGAGGAUCUUAGAAACUUGUCCCAAUUAGAUUUAGCGAAUAACCUAUUUGUUUUUCUUCCUCGAGGUGUAUUUGACAAGAUUAAAAACUUGAAGGAACUGAUACUUGAUGGGAAUCAAUUAUCAUAUCUUGAUUCAAAUCUCUUCAAGUUCAACAUGGAUCUUACUUAUUUAGACAUUUCCAAUAAUAAUCUAGCGGGCUUGAACAAGAGCACGUUUGAAUCCUUGGACAGACUUCGUGUCCUUGAUCUGGCGUAUAACCCUUUGGUCUGCAACUGUGAUCUUAAAUGGCUACACAGUUGGUUGAAAGGAUCAGUAGAGAUUGUAAAUUCAUUGGAUACCACCUGUCUCGAUUCUCCGGCCACCCUGGCGCCCUUCGGGGGGAAGCAACUGAUCACCUUUGAUCCAAGUAAAGAUUGCGCUGUGAACAUCGCGCUAUACUGUGGCCUUUCCGUAGUUGUUGUGAUGCUUCUCCUAAUAUUAGGUUUGGCAUACUAUCAUCGAUGGUGGAUUGGGUAUCAGUUAUUCCUCCUCAAGCUCUGCUUCGUCGGGUACAAUGAAAUCCGUGAGGACGUCCCUCGAGGAAACUUCCUGUACGACAUCGCCAUAAUGCUUCACGAAGACGACGGGGAAUGGGUCGAUGAACACCUUCGGCCAGCUCUCGCUGAAAGACUCCCGGAUUACGACCGCAUCGUUUGCGGUGAUAACGAGCUCAUGAUUGGUAUGCACUACCUCGACGCUGUCCACUAUGCCGUCGAAAAGAGCUUUAAAACUAUAUUCGUCAUUAGUCGUGCUGCAUUGCGGGACCAGUGGUAUCUUCUGAAGUUCCGAACAGCUCUUGAGUACAUCAACGACGUUGCAACGGAGAAGAUUACUCUUUUCUUUGUUGAAGACAUCGGUCAUGAAGAACUUCCUUUCCUGAUUCGUUUAUUCUUGAGCGAUCAUCGACCGUAUCUCGUCUGGUCAGAUAACGAAAGGGGUCAGCAUUAUUUAUGGGAAGAAUUGGUUAAAGUCGUCACGGUCAACCUCAGAUGCAACAAUCUGGUACCUCCGUGA